CCAAUACAAGUCAUCAAAUCUCCUGUCCUUCCCAAACAGAAACCGAAACUGAAAGCUGAAACUUCAGAUAUUCAAAACAGCCAUUGUCACUAACCCCUGAAGGUCACUAAAGACGGAAAGGUGGUUAAAUCGUUCGUUUUCUACUCAUAGUCGUUUUGCAUCUCGUUCGUCCCAAUGCUUCAUGAAUUCGCUGGUUGGUAUAGAAGGUGGCGCUUCGGUGAAGGGACACGUAUUGAUUUAGUUUUAAUUGGCCCACCAGGUAGUGGAAAAGGGACUCAGGCAGUCAAAAUAGCUGAACGUUAUAAAAUCUGCCAUUUAUCUACUGGAGAUAUUCUUAGAGCCAUUAUAGCAUCAGGAUCAGAACUUGGUCAAAAAGUACAGAAAAUUACGGAAUCAGGAGGACUUGUUUCAGAUGACAUAGUUUGUGACCUAAUCGCACAAAAAAUCAAUUCUCCGGAAUGUAAAAAUGGACUUCUAUUCGACGGGUUUCCACGCACACUAGAACAAGCCAAAAAACUUGAUAACCUUCUUAGAGAUCGUCAGAUUCAUCUGUCGGCUGCCUUGGAAUUCAAGCUCGAUCCUAACAUCUUGGAAAAAAGGAUUUGUGGCAGGUUAUUCCACUUAGCUAGUGGUAGGUCAUAUCAUGAAUUGUUCAAUCCCCCGAAAGUCCCCAUGGUAGAUGACGUAAGUUACAUUUUCUUACUAAUAUAAAUGUCUACUUAUCGUGCCUAAUAGAUGGUUCUUAUGUAGAUUGUUGUGUAAGCCUUUUGAUGUAGACAAUCGAGUUAUUAUUUUAGUCUUGAUUGCACGCACUAUACGUAUAUUUCAAUGUAAUCAAAUAGAUAACGAACUAAAUUAUUCAAACUACUUUUUUGUCUACCCUGGGUUCUGUGCUUCUGAAUUCCUCAAGUUUUCUAUUUCUCUGAUUUACGUUCUUUUGAUUCGUUACUUCAAUCGUCAAUAUUUUCUAUUGCCAGUGGUACUGAUACCGUUUCUACUACUAUGGUUCACCCUAGCAAUUUCAUCCGGCUGUGCUAGUAGUGUAUGGCAACCUUAGUCAAUGCACAUACGCACCAGGUUGUGCGUUGAAAUUGACUGGUCUGAACUUUUUUUCAAGUUGUCCUCGUGAAGGUUCGUUAGCUGGUGUUAUAAUGUCUUUCGACUCCUAAUCUUUGGGCUAAUUGCAACACUGACUUAGUUUAAGGCUCUUUAGAGAUCUUUUCUCUUACUUAGGAUUUCCGCCGUCAUGUCUGCAUUGGUCUUCAUAUGGUGGCAAAGUGAACGGAUAGGUGAGAUAAUCUGACCGUUCAAAAUGCAUUGUGGUAAUAUAUAACAGUCUAUAAAACUUCAUCUUUUUGAAUUACCGAAAUAUUAUAUCUUUUGCCUUUUGUGCGUGACGAACUACCCAUUCAUUCUAUUCUAUUGUAUUCUAGUGGUCAUGUUUGAUAGUCAGAUUUCCUUUUGUAAUGUUAUUCGGGUGUGCUCGAGAUCGUUUGUACCUAACAUCAUAUGUUAGAUGGUAUUUAGGACCGCUCCUUAUCUCAUCCAAUCCUUUUACUAAGGACUAUUGUCUCCAGUCCAUGUGUUAAGAUUGGUAAAAUUAUGGAUUCUACAAGUUUUGUUUCAGUAUUCCGACUCAUACCAUUAGCUCGCCAUACUGGACUUAUUUUUAUUGUGGUAUGUUUAGCUUUUAUCAGGUUGACAUUAUUCGUGUCACUAGGGUGACCUUCGCUUCGAACUAUCGAUCCCAGGUACUUAAGAGAGUUUGCCUCCUUUAUCGUGCUAUCACCUAUGGUGACUGGUGAGUUAUUGUUUUGUGUGUUUAUAAUCAUAGUUGCCGUAUUUUCGUGAGAAAUUUUCAUACAAAGUUAACUAAGGAAGUUUUGUAGCAAACUCAAUGUUCUUGUUUCGUUAGUUAAUGUCGGAAUUAGUCAUAAAUCAUCUGAAUAUGCAAUAUAUGAUAUUUCUUAGCUCAUAUUUUGAAUUUAUCAGUCAUUUUUAGGCCUCUAGUGUUUUGUCCUUUGGGGGAGCUUAGGACAUUUAUUGUAAGACAAGAUUAAAGAGUGGUUGAUCAUCCUUACUACCUUGCUUUACACCUCUAUGAGUGACGAAAUAUGAGUUAGUUCCUCCUAAACGACGUUUCAGUUCAUCGAAAAAUCCUAUUAUGCAUUGGUUUAUGUUUAGCUGGGAACAUGUUUUAUUUAAAGUGUUUUGAAUUAGUUGUUUAGAUGGUGUCGAAUGCUUUAACUAGAUCUAAAGCUUUGGUACUAGUUCUUGGUUGGUAUCCAGGUCAUUUUGUACGAUAUAUAUCAUUGACUCAGUUGCCACCACCGUGGAAAAGUUGCUUCGUAAAUUGAAUCGCCUAGACGGUCUAUUAUGAUUGGUGAAUUUGAUUAGUUGUUCAUAUAUGAUUCCAACGAAUGUUUUUCCUAUGGUAUCUAUUAGGAAUAUACUGCAGUCGUUAUUGAGGUCUGUUUUGAUCCAGUUGUUCAUAUAGACAAUGGUUAUAUUGUCAUCUAUCAAGUAUCUUGGUUUUUUAUCUGGGUUUGACCAAAGCACGUUCAUUAUUCUUCAUUGUUUAUACUUCGGUUUUCUUCACACCAUACUUAUUCAUUUCUAUUGUUAUCCCGUUAUUACCUGAAGAAUUCUUAUAUUUUAUUUGCCGUGCUCUUUUCAUAGGUGUUUGGAGGUUCUGACCCAGCUUCAUUAUAAGUUCUGCUUUCAGUUAGGCUUACUUCAGUUCCAUUAAAGUCCUUGGUAGUGAUCGUUUGGGGUGAUAUCGAUCUUUUGGCUUUGUUUUACUGAGUGUCGAGGGUUCGGUUUAUAAAUAUGACCAGUCUAUCUCGGAGAAUGCUAUUCGUCUUGACGUAAGCGUUCUUCACGUUUAGGUAUUAGGUCUUGUAUGGUAACUUCACCUUUUUUCUGGACUCAGUUACGUUUAUUUUGAUCAGAACAACAUAUGUAAGCGAACAAUAUUGUUUUCAAUGAGAUCCUCAUCAGGCUUUAUUCCAUUAUACAGUAAUAUUUAUAUACAUAUGUGAAUUAUUAAACCAACCAAGGCAGUUUAUGAGCCAAUGAUAAAAGUGGAAUAGAUUACAUAACUGGACAUAAUAAGUAAGAAGUUUAAUAAUUUCAUAUAAUCAUAUAAAUAGUACUGUAUAUUAUAUUAAAGCCUGGUGAGGAUCUAGUUGAAAACAGUAUUGUUUGUUUAUAUGCGUUGUUCUAAUUCAUAAUAUUGGAAUUUUUAAAGUUACUUUGGUCAGUUUGAUUAAUUAGCCCUUUCUUUAGCUCUCUUGGUUUUUUAUCUCCUGUUUAAGAAGUCUAUAUACUUCCGCCAUUUUUUGUUAAUUGCUUAACCGGGGGUUUAUUUGAAGAUACCUUUUGCAACAUUAAGGAUAUUGGUUUCUGUAUGGGCUAGGUCAGAGUGUUCUUCUAGAGCUGUCUCAAGUACUUUAAUUUAUGCGUCUAGUGUUGUUUACAUUGUUUCUGAUGCUGUAUUUCGUUUUUUGUGGUAUAUAUGAUGCUUAGAGUUAUUAUGAUUCAGCAUCUUAGCCAUUGAUGUUGCAGUGAACGAAAACAUAGAUGGGGACAACCAAGGUAUUUUAAUACAAAAUUACAGAGUAUCUUGGCAAAACAUAUGAACCAUGCACUGAAUACUUCAUUUGCAAAUUUCCAUCAUUUGUCCUUCAAAUUCCGCAUAAUUCUACAAGUUCACAAUUCAUUCUCAUUUUCCCUUCCAUUCUCUUCAACUUGAUUGUCUUAGUCUUCUGCUGCCAGGUUUUCCACGUCCGGUUGGCGUCAAUACGACUUAUAUCGACAAAUAUAAGUAGCAUACACCACCACCAUAGUGGACAGCCUUGCCGGACACCACUUGAGAUUGCAAAAUCAGGUGACAGUUCGCCAUAAGCUCUGACUCAACUCUUAGUGUUCGAGUAAAGAGACUCCACAAUGUUUAUGUACUUCUAAGGUACACCUUUCAAUGACAAACUGCUACAGAACCUCUCGGUUUACAGGGUCAAAUGCUGCUUUCAAAUAAAAAAACUGGUUAUCGGACGCCUGUGUUCUAAGAUCUGACAAAUGGCGAUUAUGUGGUCGAUGCAGCCACAACCAGGUCUGAAGCCAGCCAGUUCACGAGUCUUUGUAAGGCGUCCGAUAAUUAUUGAGGCUAGUAUUUUAGAUGCCAUAUUACUCAAACUAAUCCCUAUGUAGUUGUCACAGGAUGAUUUUGACCCUUUAUAUAUUGGGACAACUAGUGAUUGUGACCGGUUAGGUGGGAUUACAUCUAACUCCCAGAUUUUAGCUAAAAUUGGACCACGAUACUUGAAGACUUCUGGAGUCGAUCCUUCUGGACCAGGUGAUCCCCUAGUUUCAACUUAGUUAUAGCUUUCUGAACUUCAAUUAGAGUCGGGGGAUCUAUCUCAAUGUUCCAUUCAGGCUGCUUGGAAAUAGUGGCUAGCUUAAGACCAGCUGAACUGCUCUUUAAAGUGUUUUGCUCAUCGUUCUAAACGUCUGGGAGCAGAUAAGGGUGUCGUCUCUUUCUGAGAUCGUCUCAUUUAAACUUCACUUUUUAAUUCCAGUAUCUUGUCCUAGUCUGAAAAGCUGUCUGGCGUUACCUAAAACUGCUGCCUUUUUCGUCCUUUUCUUUCGUUGCCCACUGCUACUCACAGCCGUUCCUUAGACUUUUGGUUAACUUAGAUUUGACUUCUUUACGCUCUUCAUCAUGUUCAGAGCCUGAUAGAGUGAGUUUAUGAGAAUCUAUCAGUGCAAUAAACUGAGUAGAAAUCCAUUGGUUUUUCGUAAUCCUUUGGUUCAAAUCACUACUAAAUGUCACUGCUGUUUCCACAGGUGUUUGUAUAUCUUUCCAAGCAACAUCUGGGUCAGCCUCGUUUUCAGAACUGCCUAAGUGUUACCUCAGUUGUUCCCGGAAUCUGCUGUCGGCUUCCUUGUCACUGAGUUAAAGUCUAAUGAGUCUUCUUAAUGUGGCAUUCCUGCGUCCAGAGAGGCGCAAGCAAAUGCGUGCUCGCUAUGUUAGACAAUGUCUCUUCUUAUGGUUAAAAUUAGUAUUUGUUAGAAAUAAAUGGUUGCCUGAACAUAGUUGCAACGGACAGUCACCAUUAACCGUUCUUUGAGCCAAAACAGCAAGGCAUCCACUUAAAUGUCUUUCUGUUUGUUUUAAGCUACCUGGGUAUUAAAGUCACCUGCUGUGAGUAUUAUGUUUGAGCGUUUAGCUUUAUGAAGAAGUUCAGAAAGAUUUCUGUAAAAGUCAUCUUUCACUGCAUCCGGGCUCCAGUCAGUAGGAGCAUAGGUAGAAAUGACGAGAAGGCAACGAUGUGUGUCAAUAUUUUUCCGAGUUCCUACAGAGACGUUUAUCCAAACAGCACAUAGACAACUCUUAACGGGGAUCCAUUCCAAUAAUGCUUGUUCUGCCCUCGUACUUAGUGCUAUACCUACACUCGCCCGUCCACGAGGACUAGCCAUCGGGUCGCCAGGUACACGGAGGGUGUAUCUCACCGGCUCCCGGUUUUUGCGAAGUGAGGUCAAGUGUUUCGGAGACACAGCAUGCAUCAAUGGUGCAAGACUCUAGGGUUUUAGCCAAGGAGGCUUGCUGGCUGAUUUGACAUAGGUUGCGUACGUUGAAGACUCCAAUGUUUAGUUUGGAGCGAGGUUUGAGUAAACCCGGGACAGUGUUUCGUGCACUAUAAUCGUUGGCCAUAGUGAAACUUGAGGAGGAAGUGUUGAGUUGAGUCGACAUAGGAGGAAUAAUAGGAAUUGAAAAGGGAGAUUACAGCAAUCUUGAAUGCCGUCAGAGGUAUGAGGGCGGUUAUUACUUCCCGGUCGCUCACAUCGUGGAAGGGUUUUCCUGGAGGUGCCUGAUAAGGAAAUAGGGUUAGUAGUGGUCUUAGUGACCUGAGAGCGCGACCGUAGUACCCAAGGGACAACUGCUUGAGGUCAGUCACACAUGACCUUUUUGUGAGUAAUUUUCGUGUUAGCUCUGUACUUGUUGAGGCCUUACCACCGGAGACGGAUAUCCAUGGGAUAAGACGAAGUGUGCAUUUUUAGGGUCGACCUUUACUACAGGAAAGUGCAAUUUUUCCCCCAAGGCAAUUUCUUACUCUUCAUCGUAUGUAAAGAUCUUCAUGAAUCCGGAUAAGAUUACACAAAGGUAUGCUGGACUGUUUUUUUGUCAGUGUUAUAAACAACUUACACUAACAUUAAAUUGUUAAUAAAAGUAUAUUGGUUUUUUCGAAUAUGGAUUUAUUCAUCAUUGAGUUUUGUUAUUGGGCUGAACAUUGAAAACUUGUUAGCACAUUCAGAUAAGACCAAGAAGUUAAUGCUCCAUAAAAAUAAUUCAUUUUAUUCUAAUCUAUAAUUUUGAUUUUUUCUUAAAAUUUUCGAGACCUAUUUUGAUAAUAGUAAUCAGGAUAUUUUCAUUGUUUUACUGGAGCAGUACACGCUUUAAGAUGGAAAUGAAAUACUUAACAAAAUAUCUACUCAAUUAAUUACCUAAUUGUGCGCCUUAGUUCUUUCUUUUUUUUCUUAACGAUCGAAAUAAUUUUUGCUGCUUGAUAUCAUUUGUAGAUUACUGGUGAUCGUCUCGUCCAUCGCUCCGAUGACAAACCUGAAGCUUUGAAAAAGCGCUUGUAUGAGUAUGAGAAAAAUGCAACACCUAUUUUACAUUUCUAUGAAUCUCAAAAUAAACUACUUCGAAUAAACGCAAACAAAGAUGUUAAUCAGGUGUUCAGUGAUAUUCAGGAACUUAUUCGUGUGAAAUUAGCAGAGGGACGAUAGGUGUAUAAAAUGUUCUUAGUGAUCUUAUUUUAGUGUUUAAAUUAAAAGACUACUUUGAACAAUAUCUACCACUAUACUUUCCUGGGUUUUUAUUGAUGGAUAGUUUCCCUAAAAACAAUAACCAAAUUAUGUGUAGUUUUGCUUUCUCGAGAUUAAUUUUGUGUAUUGCAUAAUAAAGACCUCCAAUUAUCAUAUACCGUAUUUUCAAUCAAAUUUUUAGGUUUUCGUCUGCUUCAACCCUUCACAUUAUUAGUUCAAAAAGAAUUAAACGUUCUGCUUUCUCAGGACGUUACGUUUGUAAUUACUUUACUCAUUUCUUGAGGUUUAUGGUAGUUCCUAGUAAUUCUAAGUAAAGUUCUCCAUAUUGCAUAAAAUAAUUCUUUAUUGCUAUUAUGUUUGUAGUUACUGAUCUUGAAAGUAUCAUCAGCCUUGGUGAGAUUUAAUACCACUUCGUACCCUUUGUUUCUCGAGAGUUGCUAUUUAUCGUGUACUGAUAUAGUAUGGAAACUUAGAUUGAAACAUUUGUGACAAGGCCCUGUACUGAUUAUAUCCGACUGUGUUAUAAUUUAUUUGUAUUGGUUAUUUGAGUCUUCCCGUACAUUUUCAGGACUGAAAUUGAUCAGUCUUUUUUUGGUAUAUGUGCAUCCUGUGCGGAUUGCCUCGAUAUUCCUAUCAAGUCACAAGCGCUGAUUUUCCCAUUUUUAACCAAUCAACUCUAGUGGAUGGGCUGAAAAGACUCGAAUAUUCUUGUGUUAAGUUUAUUUACACACUGACGUCUGGUUACUUAACUGAACUUGCUGUUUUGCUUUAGAACAAAUUUAUGCUCUGUCCACGUUUUGUUUUGAUUUGGGGACCAGUCAAGUGGAGUUUCCGAGAAUAUUAGGCCGAAAGAGGAGGCCUAACAGUUAUCUACGUAUAAAAUGUCGGUAUUAAGAAAUGUGAGAGCUGGCGAUAUACGAUUUGAAAUGACAACUUAUGUAGUAAAAAUUUUGUGACAGUAAAUUAUACAGUGUAAACACCUAGUCAUGGGAUUUAAAUACGUUUCUUACGAUAUUUUGUGUCAGUGACAAUCAUUCAGUUUAAGUAUUCUAAUUUUUUUAUUGGAAUAUAAUCAACGAAAUUUAUUCCUAUUGAUUACACGGGGUCGACAUCAAAUAGCUUCAUCUGCAAAAACUAGCGUUCUCAUUCUAAUUGCCGGGGAAAGGAAGAAAGAUAAAAUAGUUUCGUUCAUUGUAUUAAAGUCAAAUUAGAACUAAAUUACUAGUACGGUGCACGAACUUAUAAGUGAGUUACCCUAAGCAAGGCUACUAUUUUGAUUGGUGGCUCGUUUAUUGUGACCACCCAGUCGAGGUACAGUGGUUGGAAUCUUAGUUCCUUAGUGUUCUACCAUACUAGGCUGUAGAUAGCAAUAAGGCUUUAAAAAAAUCUGAGGGUGAAAGUAAUACCAUCUGUUCUGCGAUGUAAUGGGAGUAAAGUGUCCCAUGGAAUCCUGCCUUGUCACAACAAAACGAAGGGUUUUAUUCGAAAAAUAGCGCACCUCGUCUCACGGACUCCCAUCGCUAGCGAUAAGGCUUAACAAACGUACAAAUCUAACUCAGUCAGAACUACUAGCAAGAUGGUCUUGUGUGACCGGUCUCAAGCAGUCCCUUUGGCCUAGUGUUAACACUCAAUGACCAUCAAGACUACGAAUAACCCAGUUCAAUUUUCUGAUAACUCACAAAGAAAUAUCCUUCCACAGUGUGAGAAACCCUUUGUGGCCCUCUGAUCUAACUCCAAUUCGAUCGAACAAAAUGAAUAUGCCAUGUAUAUUAACGUUCCAUCCUAAUUCAAUAUAUUACUCCUGGGCUAACCAUGUUUGUGAAACGGCGGUGUUAAGUUGGAUGAAUUUAUUUCAAACAGAUAUUAAAAAUGAGAAAUGCAGAGAAGGUAAGUCUGACGAUUCUCUUUGACCAAAUGUGACUCAAUAUUUAUAGCCAGAAAAAAAGCUAGAGAUGUGAUGAACAGGGUAAGCAAUACACACAUACCCUCAUACAAAAAACAGUAAAGUUUAAUAAGCGAAUAAUCGACAAGGUCAAAAUGCAACUCAAGAAGAAUAAAUAAAUUGAUCUCUCCGGAAGCUAAAAUAAUCCAUGUAAGCUUAAAAUAGUACUAAACAUUACAAACCUUUGACCGAACUCGAGUAAUCAAUACUCUGCAUUACCUUCUCCAAUGUUAGUUCCGAGCAAAAGUUCUAAUCUCGACUAAUUUUGAUGUUUUCUGAACUCAAGCUCAAGAGAACGAUUUUAUUCUUAAAAAAUGUUCGAUACAUACAACAAAAUUAUGCAUCGGAAAAUAUACCAUAAGAUAUGUUUAUAGUCAAGGUGUUAUAUCGAGUCGUUGCCGAUUGUUAUGACUGGUGGUCAACUGUUAUAACUGCGUCACCAAUUGUUAUGUCGGAAUCGCCUAUCACUUAUACUUGUAAAACAAGGAGCCAUUGCGAUUCCCACGACUCGGAAGAAAGAACACAAAGACUAGUACAAAUAAAGAUUUAUUAACCCCAAAACACGACAACGAUGACCCUAGUCGAAAAUACACUCAUAGAUUGAUUGUAAACCUAUUUUGAUUGUUAAUUAGGAUGAAAUUACAUACAUAAAAAAUACAGUUAUCCUGAGUGUCAUGCUGAGCACAAUUCAUGUUGAUUUAAUACAAGAAUAUCGUAUCUCGAACAAAAAUUACAAUGAGUAAAAGAACGUAAUUUCGCUUUUUAAUUCCAACAUUUCACCAGGCCAAUUUAUUAUUUUAGUCACGUUGACUCGUACUUUUUGUCUACUUAGUUGUAUAUUUAAUCUAAAAUGUAAUAGUACAAGCUAUCUCACGACAUGUCGUACAUUAUGUUCGCAACCUAUUAAACGUUACUUUAGAGAUCUGAACAAAUUACAGCUCUACCUUUUAAAAAAUGUAAAUUAUUUUAAUAGCUAAAUUACAGUAGGUCGAUAUCCUAAACACUCAAGAUCAUAUCUUCUGGGAAUCGGUAUAUAAGUGUAAUCAUCAAUAAGUGAUUAGACUACAGUUACUUCCACCUUUCAAAAAUCGUCUUUUGGGCUUGUACUUCCCAUUGUUGAUACUUAUGUCUGUAGACAUAAGUAGCAUAGACCACAAAUGUAUAUAGUUGGAAUUUUUUAUGGCCAUCAUAUACGAUAGAAGUCGUUAGUUUUGUGUAUAAAGUUACUUUGAUAUAUGGAAUAUGUCAAAUGAUAUUUUAUGAAGCUGUUGGAUAAUAAUAAUCUGCAGAUUGUUGAAUGUGUUGUAUCUAAUCAUCUAUUGGCUGUAAACUGUGUUAAUAUGACGCGUUUUACAAGUCAGGUCUCUAAUGCCACCGUUCUUUCCCUCUUCCUGUACUAAAUGUUUAUUUUAUUGUAAUUUUUAGCUUGGUUGACGUAUAUUGUCGUGAUGGAGGUAAUAUUGGGGGAAGUGCAACGCUUGUGUCUAGUUUAUAGAUUAUCUUUUGUAUAAUUGUACUUCUAUGUUUUCCUUGUUAUAUACUCAAAAAGAAGUGAUCUUCAAGUUCAUUUUGAAUUGUUUCAGAAUAUAUUGGAAGUUUCUCAAUUAAUUUUUAUAAAAAAAACAUGUGCGCCUUCCAUCUGUAUAAUACCAUCGAUAUUUGUCUUUAGAAUAUACUAUAUGCACUG